AUGUGUACUUCCGCGUACUAUGUUUUUUUCCCCCACUGACACACGGCAACUUUCGAGCAGGAAACCCAUUAGACGUUUCGCCCGUCGCUUUCUCUGUAUUUACCGCAGGGUCUCUUUGGAGCUCAGUGCUCUAACCCAGCCAUGAGCAUCAUCGGGGCUGAGGAUGAGGAAUUUGAGAAUGAUCUGAGUGACGUGGUGGAUGACCAGUGCACACACUUCACCAGCAUAGAGCAUUUGAAGGAUCGGCCGACUCACCUGCUGGUCUUCAUGCAACAUGUCAUUCUGCAGUUCGAUCCUGCUCCCCUGCUGUGUUACCUCCAUGCUGACCUCUUCAGGAACCUCAAUGCCAAAGAGACCAAGAAACAAUUUGCUGAGUUCUACAACAACUUCUUGGACAAGGGAGCAAUUCUCAGAGUGGCAGUGCCUCCCAACAUAGCUUAUGAUUUGGACCGGACCCGACCAGAUCUGCUCUCAGAUGACACACAAAGACGUUAUGCUCAGGAGGUUCAGCACCUGCAGGUUGGUGAUGUGGCCAAACAGCUGGAGGAUUUCAGGCAAAAGAGAAUGAUGGGUAUGACUCCUAAUGAGGCUGAGCUGACUGAUGUUGAGAGUCACCGUCCCACUGAUCGCAUCCCAAUGGAGAUGAAGGAGAAGUGUGUGGCUGAGAACCUGCUGGAGAAGAUGUCCGAGACACAACCUACAGUCGUCGCAGACGAGGAAAAAUGCCAAUCCAUCUUUUCUGCGGUAGCUGUCUACAUGAAGCACCUUGGGGUUAAAACCAGGGCAGUUGAAAGCAAGAAGUCCAAAGGAGGCUUCUUCAGAAGGCAGAAGUAUAAGAAGGAAGAAUCUACAAAGGGCAAGCCCAGGGGGUUCCCUGGCAUCCCGAACUGGAUUGGAGGCAACGCCGAUGUCAAAAUAAAACUGGAGACUGAAGUUGAUAAGGAUAAAAUGGGUCUGGAUCGUAAAGGCACUCUACCUGGCAGAGGCUCCUUGACCGAAACUGCAGUCCCUGCCCCCACCAGCAGAAAGUCUGGUUCCAGCGGAGGCUCAGCCGCUCUGCCUGGGCUAGAGGUCACUGACGGGUCCAGCAAUAACAUCACCACCACCAUCAGCCCAGAACCCUCCAAUAUUGAUGGGCUCUCAAGCAAUCGCUUGGAGCCUCCAACUUCAGAUGGGGGUGAUGUGUCUCCUGUUGGGUUGGGAGGUGGGCUUACCAUCAGGGAGCCCAUCUCAUCUAACGACGCCCCCACAGAGGAGCUUGGGGAGAAAGACAGACGGAAGACAAGUAGGAAAGUGGCGCGCAGUGAGAGCGCCCGCGUGGAUCGGCAUUCGUCUCGCCGCCGUGGCUCUUCUCGGGUCAAACAAUCUCGCUCCCGUAGUGAUGUGGACCUCCAGCCUCCUUCAGGCUCUACAACACCACCUGCCCCGCUCACACCCCAGCACCUCCAUCCUAUUGAGGGACCAGUUAUAACUGUUGAAGGUCCGGGCCACUCCCCUACCAGCCCCUCCCCACAGCUGGAGGAGAUGGAUCCACGUCUUCUGGAGCUUGAGCAGGACCCUCCCAACUGGAGAGAGCUGGCACCACCUGACGCCGUGUCCAGCCUUAACAAGAAGGAAAUCAAGCGCCAGGAAGUCAUAAAUGAGUUGUUUGCAACAGAGCACGCCCAUGUGCGAAUGCUAAGUGUCCUUCAAACAGUCUUCUCCAAGCCAUUAGAGAAGGAGGAGCUCCUGACCACCACUGAACUAGCGACCAUUUUUCCAAACCUAGAUGAGAUCAUUGAUAUGCAUUAUAUCUUCUACGAGAGCCUGAAGAAACUGCGUUUGGAUGACAACUUCAUAGUAAAAUCCAUCAGCACCACAUUACUCAACAGAUUUGGUGGCACAGAGGGAGAGUGGUUCCAGAAAUUGACAGCUCGGUUCUGCAGCCACCAGUCGUGGGCUCUGGACCAGAUCAAGAGCAGGCAGAAGAGGGAGCCACGCUUCAACUCUUUUAUACUGGAGGCAGAGAGUAAACCUCAGUGCCGCAGGCUGCAGCUCAAGGACAUUAUUCCAAUAGAAAUGCAGAGGCUUACAAAGUAUCUACUCCUACUGGAGAAUAUUGCAAAAAACACUGAGAAGCUAUCAGAAAAGGAGAGCAUCCAGCAGAGUGCAGACUGCUGCAGAAAGAUCCUCAACCAUGUCAAUGAAGAGGUCAAAGUGAUGGAGAACCUGUUGACUUUGAAGGAGUACCAGCGUAAAUUGGACACAUCAGGACUCAAACCCAGUAAUGAUCUUUAUACAGAAUACAAGAACAUUGAUUUGACCCAGAAAAAGAUGCUUUAUGAAGGUCCACUAAUCUGGAAAGUCACCAAAGAGAAAGCUAUUGACGUGCAGUGUGUGCUUCUCGGGGACAUGCUGGUGCUCCUACAGAAGCAGGAUGACAAGAUGGUUCUAAAAUGCCAGAGCAAGAGUAUUAUCGCCGCACAGGAGGGCAAGCAGAUGCUGAGCCCCAUUAUUAAGCUGGACUCUGUCUUUCUUCGUGAUGUGGCAACAGAUCGAAAGGCUUUUUAUGUGAUAUUUACCUGGGACAGUGGCGCUCAGAUCUACGAAUUAGUGGCUCAGUCUGUUGGAGAAAUGAAAACUUGGACUGAUGUAAUAAAGUCAGCAGUGGAUGAUUUGAAGAAGAGUGGAUCACCCAAGCUGUCACUGCCCCCUGGAGGUGGAGGAGUUCCCUUCAGUCCUACUUUGCCAAAUGCCCCUUUGAGCCCUACUGAGAAUGGAGCUCUGAAAAACAGCAGUGAUCGUGACAAAGACAGCUUGAUGGAUGACAAGUCCACAGAUUCCAGGCACAGGCUGAUGGUUUUUCUGUCCAGCCACUCCAAUAGCAAUCAGGAGAAGGUGGCCAAUGGUGCUUUGGAUGAAGUCAUGUCACUGAAAAGACUGUUGAUCGCCAGCAUCAGUCUCUCCGAAGAUUCACAGCUUGAUGAUGACAAUGAAGCUGAGCCAUCAGAAAAACCCAGUCAAGAAAUGGACAGCUUUCAGUCAACAGAUGAAGCUCAGCCCACAGAUAAAACUGCUGGAGAUGUUGACACCAAAACUUGUGAAAAAGAAACUGCAGAGACAAAAGAAGAUGAGGACAGAAGCAUCAGCGCACCCCUGGUGUUGACCCAGGAGAGGUUGGAGGAAGUGAGCAGGAGGCUGCACAGCCUGGAGGAAAAACUAAAAAGACUACAGGCUGUAGAAGAGGAGCACCACAAGCUGCAGGAAGCCCUUUCUAAGUUCUCACUGGAGGAUAGUAACUUCCAGUAGAACGCCACCACGCUACCUGCUGGCCACUAGGUUUUUACUGGCUCUGGUUCUGGCUGAAUGACUUUCAGAGGCUUUCCUGGAAAUCACUAAACCCUCAUAUGUCUUGCCUGGACGCUUGCUGCAGAAUUUCAUUGUAUGACAGCUGAUUGCAGCCAAGCAGGAAGUUUUCUGCCUGCCAGAUGAGUGUAAUGGCUUUGAGCACAGUGCAGUGGUUCAGUGGUGGAACAUGGGAGGUGUGUGCAUGUGUAUGUGUGUGUCUGUUUGGGUGCAUGCUUGGAUGAAGAAAAAAAGAAAAACAAAAAGAUGGAUAUCCUACUUUUUAGUGGGAGGUUGUUUUUGAAGAGGAAUGCCAAAAGAAAUGAAGCAAUAUUUUGCUGUGAGAGAAUUGCUGCCUAACAAAAUGUAGUGAUUUCAUUCUGCUGUAACACACAUACGCACACGAGAGACAUGGAAAAUAAUUUACAAUAAUGCCAAUUAUAACUAAAAUGUACAGUGAAUAAGAAAGUGUUGAUGUAGCAUUAGAGGAUUUAUUGAAAAACUACUGCUGAUACAUAUAAUGUUAAUGCUAAUCUAUGCCAAAGUACAACAGAGAUGCACUUUUUCUAAUCAAAACAAGUUGAAAACACACUGUUUUUGCUCAAAUUAUUAUUUAAGCUUUCUGAUUAAGUUUCUGAUCAGGAGGGCUUCAUGUAGGCAGUCCUCAUUUAAAAGAAGCAAGAAAGGAAGUGUGUGUAUGUGUGUUACAGAGUUUUUUUUAAAAAAGGACGUGUUUGCUUGGAGGGUUCUUACUGUUAUUAAGUCUCAUGAAAACAUUUAUAAAUAGUGGCACUAUAGGCAAUCACGCUGUUAAUAAUGGAGACUUGUUUGUAUGUACUUCUUUUAUUUAUUCCUCUAAGUCUUGUUAGGUCAGUGAGUUGCCUCAUCUGAGUGACAAAUGUUAGAACACUGGGACAAAAAAAAAAAAAACAUGCAAAGAUCGGUCAAGGCUAAAGAGAGAAAACCUGGGAUGUGGAAUGAAGAUCAAGGUUGAGAGAAAAAGAGAGGUGCAAGUAUGAGAAGGGUAUAAAGGUUGUUGAUUUGGUUUAUAUAGCUUUAACUAGACAGUCGUGAGAGAAUGUGGGAAAAAAAAAACAUGAGAUUGGGAUUUGUGCUAACUUUGCUGACAUAAUAUGUA